AAUCAAGGCAACAGCUUGGUAGUGCAAUACCAGAAGGAUAAAACCGUUCUUACAACGUACGUGUUCGUCUUGGAAGAAUGGUAAUCCCCCAACUGCUGGUUGUUGUGUUGCUGUCUAUUAACACAGCAGCACAGGGCAACAACACAGACUUAAUCUGUCACAUGUGCUUCGAUGUCACAUCCCCUGCUGAUUGCCAAGAGUAUGUGAUUUGUGGUGAGGACGAGAUGUGUUUCACCAGGGAAUUCACUAACCACGCAAGGCAAAGAGGUUAUCAUCUGGGCUGUGAAAGUACCAGGACCUGUGGUAUCAUCCAAAUCGCACAAACACUGUUCGGGAAAAGAUCGGUGGGAAGCAAGGAGUCUCGAGAUACAUCUCUGGUACCUUCUACCCGUGAUGUUCACAAGUGUUACCGAUGUUGUGACAAGAACUUCUGCAACUGGAACGUCUGUGACACAGCGGGGUCGACAUCUGUAGAUGGAGGAUGUCCUCCAACGUUUGUAAGGUCCCCCAGCAGAUGCUACUAUGUGGCCCAGUGGAAAGUGACGUGGGACGAGGCCAGGCUGGAUUGUCAGAGGCGGGGAGCAGAUCUAGUGUCCAUCAACACUGCUGAAGAACAGGCUUUUGUUAAAAAUAUAUCAUCUCCCGAAAGCAGUUACUGGACUGGAGGGUACUACGCCCCAGCGACAAAUGGAUGGGAGUGGGUGGACGGUACUCAAGCCAACUACACUGAAUGGUAUCCCAAUUACCCCCAAAACAAUUCUGAACAGUAUAACGAACGCACAGGUAUUUCUUCUCACGGGCAAGAUCAGUGGUAUAAUGCCAGAAAGACAGAACUUUAUUCAUUCAUUUGUGAGAUGGCACAUAUGUAACAACGCGUAAAGCACACGGUCUGCAUUAAUAAAAAAUCC